AUGAUGAGAACUGAAGCGAGCUUGAAGGAAUCACGAAGUGUGAUGAAGAUUAUGCAGCGUUGCAGAGAAGAUGAAGAAGUGAAGAGUGGUGAAGAUUUUGCGGGAAAGUUGAAGAUGAUGAACGAUCUUGAGGAGUUGCCGAGAGAGAGAGUCGAAAGAAGUUUGUUAGAAGCAGUUAGGAGGUUAAAGUUGAAAUGGAAUUCGGUUAGAUGGAUGAACUGGUUUCUUUGGUAUUUGUUGCAAACAGGGUACGGUAUGGACUUUGUUUUGUUUGCAGGUUUGGAAUUUGAUGGUGUAAGGAUGAAAGGCAAGGUAUCAUGGAGUUUGGUUGGAUUGAAAGAUGGAUAA